AUGGUGAAGUUAUCCUUCGGGGCGGUCGCGACUCUCAUCGCUUCGGCCGCAUUCCCUUCCUUAGCUGUGGCCCAGAAGCUCCGUGUGCAAGUCUCAGUGGCGGACGGCAUCCUCAAUGGCACUGUAGACGGCCGCCUGGUGCUCAUCUUUGCGCCAGAAGGUGUCGAUCCUUUGGACGACACGGAUGUGACCAGCACGCCCAACCAGUUCUACGGGAUCAACGUGAAUCAAUUCGGCGAGGGCUCUACUGUUGUUCUAUCUGGGGGAAGCACUGACAACACCACCGUUGGGGUCUACGGCUAUCCUGAAGUGAGCCUGGAUGCGCUUGCGGCAGGGACCUACAACGUCCAGGCGUUCCUCACCAAGUAUGAGAACGCAACGCGAAGCGACGGCUCGUCCAUCAAUAUUCGCUUCCCCUGCGGCGACGGAUCAGCCAACAUCGAUGGCUUCGGCAGCCUCAAGACCACAGCGGCAAACAUGGCGGUGACCGGCGGCGAGCAGACGCUGGAGCUCACGUUCGACCAAGUCACCCCUGUCGAUGCCUUCACCGGCAAGGAGAUCGGGGAGUGCGCCCAGGGAAACUACGCAGACACAGAGUUCCUCAAGUACGUCAAGAUCCGCAGCGAGAAGCUCAGUGCCUUCUGGGGCCGCGACAUGUACGUCGGCGCCAACGUCCUCCUCCCCCACGGCUACGACGCGAGCAACAAGACGCACCGCUACCCCGUCAUCUACUCGCAGGGCCACUGGCCAGGCGGCCGCGGCGCGUUCCGCUAUCCCACCGCCGCCUUCUCCCAGGCGUGGGAGAGCGGCGUCAUCCCGGGGGACAACCAGACGAGCGCGCGGGAGGCGCCGCGGAUGAUCCUCGUCACCAUCCGCCACGAGGCACCGUACUACGACGACUCGUACGCCGUGAACACGGCCAACCUGGGGCCCUACGGCGACGCAAUCAAUGACGAGCUGAUCCCCCACAUCGAUGCCGUCUUCAACACCAUCGCCGAGCCGUACGCUCGCAUCCAGGAGGGUGGCUCGACGGGCGGCUGGAUCUCCAUCGCCAGCGUCAUCUUCCGGCCCGACCUGUUCGGCGCCUGCUUCUCGUCCUACCCGGACUCGCUGGACUUCCACAAGCACCAGGACAUCCCGCUAUACACCAGCAGCAACGCGUACAGGAACGAGGACGGCAGCGAGAUCGGGUCGAUACGCGAGUUUGUCGACAAGAAGGAGCACGUCCUCGCCACCGUGCGCCAGGAGAAUCACUGGGAGCUCGUCUUCGGCACGUCGUCCCGGUCCGCCAACCAGUGGGAUGUCUGGAACGCUGUAUUCGGCGUGCAAGGCUUGAAUGGGUAUCCCCUCGAGCCCUGGGACAAGAUCACGGGCGAGAUCUACCCCGAGGCGGUCGAGUACUGGAAGGAGAUGGACCUGGCAAACUACAUCCUCGAGAACUGGGACACCGAGCGCAACCUGGGCCAGGCGCUGCGCGAGCGCCUGUUUGUUUGGGUCGGCGAGUGGGACAACUACUACCUCAACGAGGGCGUGCAGCAGUUCCAGGACCGCAUCGAGGCCAAGGGCGGCGUGGGCUGGGCCAACGUUACGAUUCUGCCUGAGAAGACGCACGGCGGCAACUACCAGGCCCGCGAGAUCUGGAACUACCUCGAGCUGGUGUACGGCUGGAUCCAGGACCACGCCCCCGAUGGGAAGACGCCGCUGUCGUCCGAGGUGACUACACCCUCCGGGCGCGGAAACAUCUUCAGCGACGUCAUCUCAGUGGGCGGCCGCGAAGCUGCUCUGGCCCGCCAGGCGCCUCCCUCGAUCGAGGUCGAGGGAUCAAUCAUCAAGGGGACUGUCGGACGGUGGGACCCAGGUGUAGCACUGGAAGCACAGUGGAUUGUGGACGGCAAGCCCAAGUGCGGACGCUUCAAGGUCACGCCGGGCAGCGAGCUCAAGCACAAGACGAAGGCGAGCAAGAGCCGCAAGAUAGAGCUUUGGGUGACUGGGAGCAAGAGAGGCUACAAGACGGAGACGAGGCGAAGCAACAGCGUGACGCUGGAGUGA